AUGAAACCUCAAACCAGCUUUUUCCACUUGCCCCUUCCUUCCAGAGAGAAGAUCAUCAGGAGACAUUGCAUCCCCGCUUUUCCAAAGCCUUCAGAAGUCUUCAGAAGAUACUUCAACCUGUCAACCUUCACACUGUUCUACAUCCUGCCGUUGGUGGUGAUCACCGUAGCCUCCUCCGCGGUGAGCAAGAAGCUAUUGGUGAGGGAAACCAUUGCUGCCGUCACAGAAGCCGAGGCCGCUGCUCAACGUUGCAGGAAGAAGAGGACCAUCAAGAUGAUCUUCAUCAUCAUGACCUUUGCCCUCUGUUGGUUCCCCCUCAACGUCUACACCGUCCUGCUCACUGGUCAACGCGUCCAAUUCAACAACACCCUCUACUUUGCCUUCCACUGCGUGGCCGUGAGCAGCACCUGUUGGAACCCCUUCAUCUACUGUUGGAUGGACAACAGGUUCCGCUCCAACCUCAUGACCCUUCUGGCCACGUGUGGGGGGAGAAGGAGGAGAGGAGGCAAGAUCCUGGCGCUCAACGCGGCCAGUGGAGACGGGAUGCAGUCGGGGGUGAGGUUGGAGGACAAGCCUGGCCCAUCCACGGAGAAUAUGAGUUUCUACCUUGGUGGGCGCAGGGGUAACAAUGGGGAGGUGAGUACACUUUAGACUUUACAGAUUCCCCGUUGAAACUUGGUAUCAUGUUCAGCCCAGGUAUUAUGGGCCAAGGCAUCUGUACCUGUGCUGUAUUGUUCUAUGUUUAGUUUAGUUCACCAGUUCAGUUCCGUUUAGUUUAGUUUAGUUUAGUUUAGUUCAGUUUAGUUCAGUUUUGUUUAGUUUAGAGAUAUCAACGAUCACAAUCGACCACCUAAAAUUCUUAAUGGAGUGGACCGGCUAGAUGCAGGAAAAAUAUUCCUCAUGUUGACGAGUCCAGAUCCAGCGGUUGCGGUUAUGAAUUUGGGGUAGGCCAUUUAGGACUGAGUUGAGGAAAAACCUUUUCACCCAGAGUCGUGUUAUUGUGGAAUUCUCUGCCACAGAAGGCAGUGGAGGCCAAUUCACUGGAUGUUUUUGAAGAGAGAGUCAGAUUUAGGUCUUAGGGCUUAAAUAAUCAAGGGAUAUUGGGGAAAAGCGGGAACGGGGUAAUGAUUUUAGAUGAUCAGGCAUGAACAUAUUGAAUGGCGGUGCUGGCUAGAAGGGCUGAAUGGCCUACUCCUGCACCUAUUAUCUGUUUCUAUGUUUCUACCCGUACAAACUGGUACUACAUUAUCCUACUUUCUCACCCACUCCCUGUGCUCUAUGGGGCAAUUUACACAGGGCCCAUUAACCUGCAAACCCGCACGUCUUUGGGAUGUGGGAGGAAACCGGAGCCCCCGGAGAGAACCCACGUGGUCACAGAGGAAACUCCACACGUGCAUGCACACACACGUACUCACACACACUCACACACACACGUAUAUAUAUACACACGCGUGCACGCACGCACAUGCACCCACACUCACACGCAAAUAUCUACACACACACUCUGUGGAAGAAAAAUUAAUAUCCUUCUUUAUUUAAUUUUGAUUGGAAUUGUACAAGGUAACAAAAUUAUGUAUUGGAGAAGAGAAUUGGAAAUCUUUGUCCUGACCAGGUGUAGAAGAGAAUCCGCGGGAAACAGCAAAGUAGAUUUGAUGUACUUACCUCCUGUUUUGGAAUAUGUUGUAGGGUGGAUGGUAAUGCAAAUAUGUAGUAGUUCAGCUGAUAACAAAGUUUGUUUACAUUCCUGAGAAGUUACAGUGGAUCACCCUCACCCCCUACCGCUAGCAGCGUAGAUACGUGGUAGUAUAUGGGAGGCUUAUGAUCGGCUCGGAAAUGGGGAUGGUGAUUUGGACCACUUGAAAGGUGAGAUAGAAUAAUGUCAAGAUUCCCUUGUUUUGUGUUUGAUUUGUAUUAACCAUUUGUUGUUGAAUAAGAUUAACAUAAGCAAACAGUAUGUUAUGACUAAUGAAAUAAUUGGUACCCAUGUGGUGAUAGAAUGUUUUGUAGAAUAGUAUUGGCUUGAUAUAAUUGUAGAUUGUCCCCUAGUGUGUGUAGGUUUGUGCUGGUGUGCGGGUAUCGCUGGUCGGUGCAGACUCGGUGGGCCAAAGGGACUUUUUCCAUGCUGUAUCUCUAAACUAAACUAAACUAAACUGAACUGAAUGAAACUAAAAUGAACUAGACUGAACUAAACUAAACUAACCUGAACUAAACUAAAUUAAACUAAACUCUACUGAUCUGAACUAAACGGAACUGAACUAAAUUAAACUGUACUGACCUGAAUUCUAUACAAAACUAAACUAAACUGAAGAUAGACUGGAGUAUGCUGAAGUAACCCAGCAGGACAGGCAGCAUCUCGAGAGAGAAGGAAUGGGUGACAUUUCGUGUCAAACUAAACUAAACUGAACUGAACUGAACUAAACUUAAAUUGUCUUAACUCAACUAAACACAUCACGCACCUUGGUGUCAUUUGGUGUAGGGUUGACAAGGGGCUCUCUGCUCUCCCUUACACCACUCCACCCACCCCGAGACCUCCUCUCCCCUCUCCGUUAGCUGGCAGGUAUCACCCCCUACUUCCUUGAAGCCGGCACAGCAUUUUCCCGGUGAUUGCUGGCAUCCACUUCCAGCAAAGUUGCCAGUCAAUUAGCUUCACCUCCACCUCCUGUAGCAUUGACGGUCGUAUCUCUGCGGACAUGAGACAGAGACACAACGUGGAAACGGGUCCUUCAGCCCAUUGAGACCAUGCCGACAAGCGACCUCCCCAUCUUACACUGUCUUACACACAUCAGGGAUAAUUAUAAAAUCUUUACCAAAGACAUUCAACCAACAAAACCUGCACAUCUUCUCAGUGUGGGAUGAAACCGGAGCACCCGGUGAAAUCCCCACAGGGGUCACGGAGACAGCGUGCAAACUCUGUAAAAACAGCACCCCAGGUCAGGAUUGAACCCGGGUCUCUGGUGCUGUGAGGUAGCAACACUCCAGCUGCACCACCAAUAAGGGGGAACAAGGGUGUGAGUGUGUGUGUGAACAUGUUUAUGCGGGUAGACAAGGGUACGUGGGUGUAACACAAUACAUCUUGGGAGGGAUAUGGAUCAAAUGCAUGCAGGUAGAACUAGUGUAGAUGGUCCUAUCCAUGUACCUGUCCAACUGAUUAUUAAAUGUUGGGAUAGCCCCCGGCCUCCUCUAGCAGCUUGCUUCUAUAUAAAUAUAUAUUCGACCAAGUGCAGACCCAUUCCCCCAACAGUGUGCUCCACCAACGCAAUAUUCCACCAAUCACCCUUCCCCCAAUGCAACUUAUCCCGUUCCUGAAUGUAAGAUUCCAGCACUGCUCUGCCUCCCUCAGCACAAAUUCCAAUUGCACUUCCCUGCCUGCUGCAGCAGUUCCAAUUGACCCUCCCCCUCCUGUUGAAAUAUUCCAUUGAGGUGAAAAGUUCAGUGUUCCUGUCUUGCAACUUUGUAUCGAAGUGUGUUGGAAGCUGGGAGGAAGGAUAUUAACAGUAAAAAUCUUGUUAAAGUUAGCAUUUUUAAAGCUUUAAUUGAGAAUAACAUAAAAUAGGAUGAAAUCUUGUGAAUUUGAUUAGAGCGAAGUCGGUAAAAUUGUGAGUUAGAAUAUGUAAAGAUCUCAGCGGUACGGGUUUUGAAGGAGAUACAAAUAUAACACACACACAAGAUGAGAGUUUUAUAGGUAUGUAGAUAGAUAUAUCUAUAUUACUAAAAGUCUGAUCUUGACUGCUUUUGGCUUGCUGUGGUGUGAUUUCCGAGAGAACACCGCUACCUACAGCCGCCAUUUUUGGACACCUCGCUCAGAGCCCCUCUCCGCCUUCCUGGACCAGAGGAUUUUUCCCAUCGAUGAAAAAUCAGAGACAUAUUAAUGUUUAAAAAUAAUUUGCCAUUCUCUCUGCUGCCCCUGCUGGAGGGAGGGGGAGGGACUAUAAAACCAGGAUGUGGUGUGCCUCACUCAAUCUCUGCAAGAUGGAGGAAGCCAGAGGGUAGGUCCCUUGCAGUCAGAAACAGGCGAAUUGAUCAUGGGGAACAAAGACAUGGCAGACCAAUUGAAUAACUACUUUGGUUCUGUCUUCCUAUUGGAAGACAUAAACAAUCUGCCGGAAAUAGCAGGUGACCGGGGGAAAUAAGAUCGGGGAACUGAGUGAAAUCCAGGUUAGCCGGGAUGUGGUGUUAGGUUAAUUGAAUGGAUUAAAGGCCGAUAAAUCCCCAUGGCCAGAUAGGCUGCAUCCCAGAGUACUUGAGGAAGUAGCUGCGGAAAUAGUGGAUGCAUUAGUGAUAAUUUUUCAAAACCCUUUAGAUUCUGGAGUAGUUCCUGAGGAUUGGAGGGUAGCUAAUGUAACCCCACUUUUUAAAAAGGGGAAUUACAGACCAGUUAGUCUAACAUCAGUAGUGGGAAAACUGCUAGAGUCAGUUAUAAAGGAUGGGAUAGCAGCACAUUUGGAAAGUGGUGAAAUCAUUGGACAAAGUCAGCAUGGAUUUAUGAAAGGUAAAUCAUGUCUGACGAAUCUUAUAGAAUUUUUCGAGGAUGUAACUAGUAGAGUGGAUAAGGGAGAAACCAGUAGAUGUGUUAUAUCUGGAUUUCCAGAAGGCUUUCGACAAGGUCCCACAUAAGAGAUUAGUAUACAAACCUAAAGCACACUGUAUUGGGGGUUCAGUAUUGAUGUGGAUAGAGAACUGGCUGGCAAACAGGAAGCAAAGAGUAGGAGUAAACGGGUCUUUUUCACAAUGGCAGGCAGUGACUAGUAGGGUAUCGCAAGGCUCAGUGCUGGGACCCCAGCUAUUUACAAUACUCGCUAGAAUUUAGAAGAUUGAGGGGGGGAUCUUAUAGAAACUGGUGCAGUAUAAUGUGGAUAAAUGUGAGGUUAUCCACUUUGGUGGCAAAAACAGGAAAGUAGACUGUUAUCUGAAUGGUGGCCGAUUAGGAAAAGGGGAGAUGCAACGAGACAUGGGUGUCAUGGUACACCAGUCAUUGAAAGUAGGCAUGCAGGUGCAGCAGGCAGUAAAGAAAGCGAAUGGUAUGUUAGCAUUCAUUGGAAAAGGAUUUGAAUAUAGGAGCAGGGAGGUUCUACUGCAGUUGUACAGGGUCUUGGGGAGACCUCACCUGUAGUAUUACAUACAGUUUUGGUCUCCUAAUCUGAGGAAAGACAUUCUUGCCAUAGAGGGAGUACAGAGAAGGUUCACCAGACUGAUUCCUGGGAUGUCAGGACUUUCAUAUGAAGAAAGAUUGGAUAGACUCAGCUUGUACUUGCUAGAAUUUAGAAGAUUGAGGGGGGAUCUUAUUGAAACUUACAAAAUUCUUAAGGGGUUGGACAGGCUAGAUGCAGGAAGAUUGUUUCCGAUGUUGGGGAAGACCAGAACAAGGGGUUACGGAUAAGGGGGAAAUCUUUUAGGACCGAGAUGAGAAAAACAUUUUUCACACAGAGAGUGGUGAAUCUCCGGAAUUCUCUGCCGCAGAAAGUAGUUGAGGCCAGUUCAUUGGCUAUAUUUAAGAGGGAGUUAGAUGUGGCCCUUGUGGCUAAUGGGAUCAGGGGUUAUGGAGAGAAGGCAGGUACAGGAUACUGAGUUGGAUGAUCAGCCAUGAUCAUAUUGAAUGGCGGUGCAGGCUCGAAGGACCGAAUGGCCUACUGCUGCACCUAUUUUCUAUGUUUCUAUGUCUCUCUGAGCUCUGAAUAACACUGAACACAUGUCUACUCAACUGUGAGUGCCCUUAAUGUGGUUUGAAAAUGAAAAUAUGGUUGGUUUGUAGUAAAAAGGCACUGCCUGCAAAUGGUUGCCUGGGGGGUUUGGUUUGAAGUAAAAAGGCACUGCCUGCAAAUGGUUGUUUGGGUGGUUUGGGUUGAAGUGAAAAGGCACUGCCUGCAAAUGGUUGUUUGGGACGAUGGGGUUGAAGUGAAAAGACACUGCCUUCAAAUGGUUGUUUGGGGGGUUUGGGUUGAAGUGAAAAGGCACUGCCUGCAAAUGGUUGUUUGUCUAAACUUGACAACUUCCUGUUUGCACUAUAUUGAUUUUAGAUAAAAUGCUACCACUUACGGCUGUGAUGUUUGACCAUCUUAUUCAGUCCCCCUCCGCUCAUGAGGUGCAGAGGAUUCUUCUCAUCAAUGAAAAACAAAAGUGUUAUUAGUGUUUAAAAAUUGUUGAUAAUCUCUUUCCUGUCAAUCACGUAAUGAAGGCCACAUCUUUUCCGGUGGGAGGGGGAGGUAUUAUAAAACCCGGAAGUGUGGGUGUGGGUCAGUCUCUGCAUGAUGGGGGAGGGAGAGGUCAUGACUCUGUCUGUGCUGUGAAUCAACUGAACACACUGAAUGUCUACUGAACUGUGUGUGGUGUUUUGUGUGGUUUUAUGGUGGUUUUUAUGGUGGUUUCACCCUGCUUGAAAUAGUAUGAAACUGCAUUUGAAUGUGGUGGCCUUGCACCCUGCAUGAGGUGAUUUGAAACUGCAUUUGAAUUUUGGUGUUGUUGCACCCUGCUUGAAGUGGUAUGAAAUUGCACUUGAAUUUGGGGGCUUUGCACUCGGCUUGAAGUGGUUGGA